AUGAAUCUCGGAGACGUUGUGCGCCUAAAAGGUUGUACUCUGAAAGGACGCAGUCUGGAAACGUCCUGUGGUUGUUCAGCUUUGGAUGCACUGCUCGGCGGAGGGCUAGCCGUAUCAACAUUUUGUGUCAUCGACGAGUUGAAAUCAAGAGCUUAUGCGGAUUCUUUGGCUCGUUACUUCAUUGCUGAAGGACUUUACAGUGGCCAUGAUGUGCUGGUCGUCGAUCCCGUGGGUGAAGACAAGCUUUGGAAGGGAGUUCCUACAAUGAUUGAAGCUCAAAACAAGCCAGAUUCAUCCACAGUAUCUUCUUCUCCCCGUCAUGACAUCUCAAAUCCCCAAGAGGAUCUUCGGAUAGCGUUCAGAUAUGCAGCCAAACCUCAAGUGAACUCGUCCAUUGGCGAUAAGAAUCGCUACGACCUUGGAAAGCCGCUUAGCGACAGUGAAUUUGCAUCACAAAGAUUGACGUAUGGUGCAGAAUACAGCUACGAAGCGCUAUUCAAACAUUUAUCUACACUUUGCAAAAGCGAUCUGUACAAUAAGACUCGCGGUCCCACCAAGAACCUGCUUAGGAUCGUCAUUGGUCACUUGGGCUCGCCACUUUGGAGUGACCCCGCAAAUUUCUCAGUUUUCAUAAUUCGGCUUCGGUCUUUACUCAGGAAUUCCCAUGCUAUCGUAUUCGCCACUGCAGCCAGCGAAACUAUGCAAAAACAACUUGCGGAUGAACUUUUUGUCACUUCGGACCUUUAUAUCCAGCUACUUGCCAUAUCUGAAGAAGAACAACGCAAGUUGUCCCCAUUGGAUAAGUACCAUGGCUAUCUGAGGAUUUUGCGGUUACCCAGGAUCACUUCUGCUGGAACGCACAGCCCACCUGAAGAUCUGGUAUUUACCCAGAAGAGAAGUAGCUUUGAUGUAUCUAUCCUGCAUCUACCACCUGCAUUUGGUGAUGAGACUCAAAAUUCAAAAGGUCCAUGUGGAAUUGAUUUCUGA